AUGAUCUUCUAUUUUGGCAAACUGGACGGGCGACUGCAAGAAGAGACUGAAGAGAAGAUAUUCAUGCGUCAGAAAAUCCAAUAUAAAGACAUGGAGAUGGAUGUGAUGAAAGACGUGAUCAACAAGUCCAGGGACCGGAAGAUCAAUCUGAAGCUGCAGGUUCAGGAGGUUCAGGCCCGACUCCGAACAGAAGAAGAGGCCAACAGAGUGGUCUCUGCUGAAGUCCAGUGCGUUAAAACAAAAGCUGAUGAAAACAGAAGAGGACUGCUCUUUGUUGGCAGUAAAGUCUCAAAAUCUAAAGAAAGCAGAGGAAGAGCGCUCCCUGCAGUGCUGGAGGAGAAGUGGUUGGCCAUGGAGCUGAAGUUGGAGAAGAAGCAUUGA